AAACAAACGUGAGCCUUUGGAUCAAAAAAGGCUAUAAAUCAAAUGUCCCCAUUUUCUUGAGCGACUCUCCGACUCGGGUCAAUCUCUCCUUCUCCAGUCUCCGCCGAUCGGACUCUACGACUCGAUCCUCGUUAAAGAAGUUGCUCUUAGUUACAGAGUAAUCAAGAUUUUAUCUAUGGGAACAUCAUCUGGUUCUAAUAUUAACCACCAGCAUUCGUCGAAGAUGUUGCCCCCACGUCAACAACCACGACCAGGGAGCUUACAAACUUCGUUGUCCUUAGUAUCCUCAGAUCCUCGCUUAUCACCCGAUGCCCAAGAACCCAGAUCAAACUCAGAUAACAUUCAUGAGUCUCCUACCGAGAGUGCCAGCUCACGAGAGACUUGGCCUACUGCUGAUGCUGUCACAGCCAAGAAAAUGGAAAAUGGGAAAACUGAAAAUGAUUGCCCUGAGCAGUCUGUCAUUCGCCGUGUUUCUAGUGCUGAUAAGAUAACACUUCGAGACAUUGCAAGAGAAAGAGUUGAUGUUAUCUCUGAAAAGAUGCAGCACCUACCUGAUGAGUUUCUAGAUGAGCUAAAGAAUCAACUCAGGGCUAUCCUGGAGGGCAAUGGUGGUUCACAAAACAGGGAGGAGUUUUUGAUUUUGCAGAAGUUUGUUCAAAGUAGAUCUGAUUUAACAGCUAAGACAUUGAUUAGAGCACACCGGGCACAACUGGAAAUCCUUGUUGCAAUAAAUAUGGGAAUUCAGGCAUUCUUGCAUCCAAACAUCAGUUUGUCCCAAACUUCUCUCAUUGAGGUUUUUGUGUACAAAAGAUGCAGAAAUAUAGCAUGCCAAAACCAGCUACCUGCAGAUGACUGCACCUGUGAAAUAUGUGCCAAUAGGAAUGGAUUUUGCAAUCUUUGUAUGUGUGUUAUCUGCAACAAGUUCGAUUUUGAAGUAAAUACCUGCCGCUGGAUUGGUUGUGAUUUGUGUUCUCAUUGGACUCAUACUGAUUGUGCUAUUCGUGAUGGGCAAAUUUGUAUGGGUCCUUCCGUUAAGAGUGGAGCAGGUCCUACUGAAAUGCUUUUUCGGUGCCGAGCUUGUAAUCGAACAUCUGAGCUGUUAGGUUGGGUUAAAGAUGUCUUCCAACAUUGUGCUCCAGCCUGGGAUAGGGAGGCUCUUAUGAGAGAACUUGAUUUUGUUAGUAGGAUUUUUCACGGAAGUGAUGACCCCAGAGGGAAGAAACUCUUUUGGAAGUGUGAGGAUCUUAUAGAAAAAAUGAGGGGUGGACAAGCAGAGUCCGCAGCUUGCAGAUUGAUAUUAAUAUUUUUCCAAGAGCUUGAUAUGGAUUCUCCAACAAGCUUGGAAAAUGGUGAAGCUGGGCGGUUGAUAGCACCACAAGAGGCAUGCAAUCGAAUUGCAGAUGUAGUGCAGGAGGCCAUGAGGAAGAUGGAAAUGGUGGCUGAUGAGAAGAUGAGGAUGUUCAAGAAAGCUCGCUUGUCUCUUGAUGCUUGUGACCGUGAGCUUGAGGACAAGGCCAAGGAAGUAGCAGAACUGAAGCUGGAGAGACAAAAAAAGAAGCUGCAGAUAGAAGAGCUGGAGAGAAUCGUAAGGCUUAAACAGGCAGAGGCUGAUAUGUUCCAGCUUAAGGCCAAUGAGGCGAAACGAGAGGCUGAGAGGCUUCAAAGAAUUGCUCUUGCAAAGUCAGAUAAAUCAGAGGAAGAGUACGCUAGCUGUUACCUGAAACUUCGUUUGAGUGAGGCAGAAGCUGAGAAGCAGUUUUUGUUUGAAAAGAUAAAGCUGCAGGAGAGCUCACGUGCAUCGCAGAGCAGUAGUGGAGGUGAUCCUUCACAGGUGUUGAUGUAUUCCAAAAUCCAUGAUCUGCUCCACGGAUACAAUAUACCCUCUAAGACAGAGUCCCAGCCAAAUGAGCGCCACAGUUUUAGAACAAAUCCCUAAUGAAUUCUGAAUAGUAUGUUAUUCAUUGAAGCAAGCUAUGUGACUUACAAAUGUGUUGCUUUGUUGGGAAACUAGAGUGUAAGAUUUGCUAUUUCAUUUGAUCUAUGAACCUUCAAUCAACGUCAUUUAGUUUGUUAUCCUAUAAAAGUAAUUACUAGUUGUAAAGUUGGCUUCUUUUUUGUUUUUUCCUUCUAGUUUUUGUAAUAUAUCGGGGUGAGUAUCAUCCCGUCUUGUUCUUAUGUAUGAAAUUACUCUUCUAUGGCUUUAUCUGCAGCGGUAAUGCUCCAGCUUCGUGUAUUUGCAAAUCA